CACUGGCACCCGAGGUUAGACGGCAGGAAGAACUGCCCUCGGGGAGGGAGUGUGGGGACUAGCGGUUCUUAAGAGGCCGGAGGGCCUCAGAGUGAGAGCUGCCAGGCUUCCUCCAGCGGGGAACGGACGGGUCGACAAGGGGGCGCCCUCUGGAGACCAGAAUUUUCUGGUGCUCCCUGGAGAUCCGCUUGGUGAUCUCUGAUCUCUGCUACUCCUGGAUACUCAAAACCGGGUGCCAGUGGAUCCGAGGCCAGAGCACUUGGGAGCCUCGGAGCCCCCACCCAAGCUGGGCCAUGGCUGAGCCUAGAGGGCAACUGCCAGAGGAGAUGCUAGUGUCCAUCUUUCAAUACUUGCCCCUGAGGGACCGUGCUGCUGCUGCCAGGGUCUGCAGGGCCUGGGCUGCGGCUGCCACCUGCAGCGCUGUGUGGCAGGACACCAACAUCAGUUGCGACUGUGAGAAGGAAGAUAUGCUGCCGCCACAUAUGUCCGACUGCCUGGACCAUGUUCGCAACCUACGGCUGGAAUUUGAACCAUCCAGGAAGGCGAGUCGCCAGACGGCCACUGAGCUGCUGAUGGCGCUGGCGGGACGUGCCCCGGGACUUCGAGGCCUGCGCCUGGAGUGCCGCGGAGAAAAGCCGCUCUUCGACGCGGGCCGCGACGUCCUGGAUGCUGUGCACGCAGUCUGCAGGGCCGCCCGCCAGCUGCGCCACCUCGACCUGCGGCGCUUGCCCUUCACACUGGACGACGCGCUGGUGCUGCAGGCAGCUCGCAACUGCCCCGAGCUCCACAGCCUUUUCCUGGACAACGGUACGCUGGUGGGCAGCGUGGGACCAGGCUCGGUGCUCAAGCUACUGGAGGCCUGCCCGCGCCUGCGCGCCCUCGGCCUGCACCUAGCCAGUCUGUCGCGCGCCGCCCUGGAGGUGCUGGCCGCGCCAGACCGCGCGCCGUUAGUGCUCCUAGCCCUGCGGUGCGCGUGCCCUGAAGAUGCACGCGCGUCCCCCCUGCCCAAUGAAGCCUGGACCGAGUUGCGCCGUCGCCACCCUGGGCUGGCGGUGGAGCUGGAGCUAGAGCCUGCGCUGCCAGAAGAUAGCGUGACGCGCGUCCUGCAGCCAGCAGUGCCCGUGGCUGCGCUGCGCCUCAAUGUCUCCGGUGACACCGUAGGCCCAGUUCGCUUCGCGGCGCGCCACUAUGCCACAACCCUGCGCGCGCUCGAGGUGCGCGCCCCCGCUUCCGCCGAGCUGGACGAGGCGCUGGAGGAGCUGGCGGCGCGCUGCGCGGGCCUCACCGAGGUGCACUGCUUCUGCGUGGUGAGACCCUCCGUGCGGGACGCCUUCCGCGCGCACUGCCCGCGCCUGCGCACCUACACGCUCAAACUGACGCGAGAGCCCCAUCCCUGGCGGCCCACGCUCGUGGCGUAAUCCGCCAGCCCCUCCCUCCCCCGCAGACGUGAGGCCUUUGAGAUGCAAGAUGGGGGUGCCCAGGCCGCCCCAACUGCUAGCCCCUUUCUUCGGCAUUGUUGGCUCCUGUGCCUCUCCGGGAUUGGGAACUGUGGAAUGGCGUCGGGACCAGUCCGGGGCGCCCUGAGUCCACUCGGUGUUCGCAACCGCUACAGACCCCCGCCCGCCCGCCCGCUGGGUCAUGGCCCGGACCGCACUGCGUCACCCCCACCCCCACCACUCAGCGGACUCUGCGCCGGCUCCGCGUCCCGGCGCGGGGGCUGGGAGGGCACAGAUGCGGGCUGGGCAUCAGGGAUGAGUGUGAAAUAAACAAAUUCUACAGUGUUUCUGUGUCCUGUGCAAAGCGGGAUCGGCUCUGAAGCGGGAGGACAGGGAACACAUAGAGGUCAGAGGUGCCUGCCAUCCUGGCAGAGGUGGGAGGUCUCUUCAAGGUCCGUUGUAUCAAGGAGGCUGCGGGGCCCAGGGGCGGGGCACUCCGCACCCUUGGAAAGACUACCUUCCAGGGUUUGGCGGUAAGGGGGC